GUAUUAACUUCCGGGGUUGAGCGGCGCUAAGUAAGAAGUCUGCCGGACACCGCUGUAGCACCCCAGCUAACCGACGUUCCCCCGUGGCGGCCAUGUUGGCAGGGGCGACGGUUGCAUAAAAGCUAAUGGAUGGAUGUGGGAAUGUUGUAAUAACUUCUUAAUUUUGUGAGCGAUUUUCAUUACUGUCACUUAUUUUGUGAUUAACAAUACAUGUCCUAUCAACGCAGAACAGUUUUGGUGAUAAUUAUUCACUGGCGACAAAUUCAGUUUUAGCCAUAAAAACUUAUUCCAAGUUCCCUUGUCGUAAUUGGCCGAUGUUGUUUACAACCGUAUGCAGCAUCAUGUGCCGGCAUCCUUUUCCAGCCGCCUACUCCAUUAAAAUGGUGACGUCUUUGCCCUUCCUAGCUUAGCGUCGCGGUCGACCGUCAGAUAGAAAGGGGCGUGUCUUACCUGCCCCUGUUCAUAUUUAGGACGUUGCCAAUGUGUCUUUAAAAACUGCUAAUAAAUUAGAAGUAAUAAUGUCUUCAGCUGAUCUAUCCCAGGUUUUCGACCUCGUGCGUUCCCUAUAUUGCCACACACAAACGCUGGAGGAGUUUACGGACAGAAUCGUGUUCCAAGAGGGUCACAAAGUGGUUCUUGUCGAACAGGCGGACUCUUACGCCUUUAAAUCCUUCGUCGGGAGCCUUGUCGUCGGCUACGACGACGAGCUUCAGCACGUGCCGAGCUGCCACCAGGUCAGCACUCUGUCGGAACUGUUGGCCUUCAUUCUCAAUAGCCUGAAAAGGAAGAAAAAGCACAACAUCUUGGUACGCGGUUACAAACUGCUGUGCGUGGACCAGCAGGAGAGUGACAUUGACCACUUCAAGUUCCAGGGUGAAGUCAGUCAGAAUGUUGCCAACAUCCACACCAGUGACCUGUGGAAGAAAUUGGCCCUGCGUCUCGGCACGGACAUCACUCGCCACCUGCUGGAGAACUGCUCCAUUUUUGUCAUGGUGCCGCCGUCGUGCGCUUUCCAGGUGUGCGGCUUUCCCAUCUACGACAAGGUUUACAAACCCGUCGUCCGCUCUGGGUUUUGCCUCCAGACUCGAUUCGGGACCCGUUGUAAUACUAGAUCUGCGAAGAGUCGACGUGCAGUGAGCUUGAAAAGGGGGGGGUUUAGAGCCCCAUAUCAGAAAAGGAAGAGAGAAAUCAUUGAGGAGGAUGAGGAGGACACGCUGCGUUCUGGAAAAAGGAGACGUCUCGCAAAAGCUCAGGAAGUUAAAGAGACAGUUGAAAAAAGACAGCCGGUGUACUUCAAGCCCGUGGAGAUAAGCGGUGAUGUCUUUCAGCAAACAGCUGAAACAGGCACAGCUCCUUUGGAAACAAGACCCAGUUGGAGAUCAGGCAUUUUCCCCCCUUUGCCUCCCUCGCAGUGUUUCAUAAGAACCAUGGCCUUCCUGUAUGGUUGCCAGGGUAUGAACGGGUUCCUCCUCAACAGGAAGAAGAAAAGUGCGGCGGGCUCGAGACGAAUACAAGGUCCCGAUCUGGUGAGAAUAAUUUUCUUCGAGGGGCUGGCCUAUCUGAACGGACUGGAGAGGAAAACGAAGAAGCUCCCCCGUCGCUUUUUCAACAUGGUCCACCUUUUUAGCCAGCUUUUGCGUCAGCACAGGAGGUACGCCUACAGCAGAACGCUGCAGCGACUGUGCCCUCUGGUGCGGAGCGACCUGCCCCAAGGUGAACUCAGCACCCUUUUGCCCAAACAUUGUCGGCCUCACCGGGUCUACCUUUUCGUGAGGGAGUGCCUGUGCGCCGUCGUCCCCUUAGAGCUUUGGGGCUCCUUGGAAAACCGUUGUCAUUUUUUGGCGCGGGUCAGGGGCUUUUUGUGCAGCAGUAAGUAUGAAAAGAUUUCCAUUGCGGAGCUGAUGUGGAAGAUGAAGGUGAAUGACUGCGACUGGUUGAAGAUCAGUAAGAAAGGCCGGAUCCCACCCAGCGAGCUCACGUAUCGGACCCGAGUGCUCGGUCAGCUGCUCGCUUGGCUUCUUGACGGCUACGUCGUCGGCCUCGUGCGAGCUUGCUUCUACGCCACAGAAAGUGUGGGUCAGAAGAACGCCCUGCGGUUCUACAGGCAGGAGCUUUGGGCCAGACUGCAGGAGCUUGCCUUCAGAGAUCACCUUUCUGUGGGACACUUGAAGGAAUUGACUCAGGCUCAGGCGGAUUGCCUCCCCAAGAGCACCAUCAUCAAGCAUCUGCGCUUCAUCCCAAAGGCGGUUACAAUGAGGCCUAUCAUGCGAGUUUUUGGAGUAGACGCCCAGACGAGGGCCUUCCAAAGGAAGAUAUGUGACCUGAGGGAUGUCUUGCGAGCCUGCGUACGCGUCUCUCCCUCCCUCCUGGGUUCCACAGUGUGGGGGAUGACUGAUAUCCACAAGGUGUUGACCACUCUUGUGCAGGCCCAGCAGGACAACCCAGAGCCCCUCUACUUUGCUAAGGUGGACGUCAGCGGAGCAUACGAGAGUCUGCCCCAUGACGAACUUCUCCAUGUGGUCAGCGAAGCCCUGUCGCUUGCCAACGAGAAGUCCUUCAACAUACGCAGUUACACCUCGUUGUGGGUGGAUUCUUUCGAGGGCCUGAGGAAGUCUUUUGUUAGACGGGCUGACUUUGUGACGGAUGAGAUGGGCUGCAGCAACAUGAAAGGGUUUCUGACGGCCCUGCAAAGAAACGACAGAGCUCACCACUCCAUCAUGGUGGAGCAGGACUUGGCCACAAAUAUUCACAGCCAAGAGAUCCUUCAGUUCUUCACCCACAUGUUGACCCACAGCUUUGUACGGUUUGGGAAGAGAACCUAUCGUCAGCUUUGCGGGAUUCCCCAGGGAUGCUCCGCAUCCACUUUGCUCUGCUGUCUCUGCUACGGUCACAUGGAGAAUGCCCUGUUCCAAGGAAUGGAAUUAGCCAAAGGACGAUUGAUGAGAAUGGUGGAUGAUUUUCUUCUGAUCACGCCCAGCCUCAGCGAGGCACAAAACUUUCUCAAGGUCUUGUUCGCCGGCGUUUCGCAGUACGGCCUGGUGGUCAACCCGCACAAGGUGGUGGUCAACUUUGAGCUGCAGGAAGAUCUGUCUUCCUAUGCCGGCAUCCAAACGCUGGCCUCCCAUUGCCUCUUCCCAUGGUGCGGCUUGUUGCUGGACACAUCUUCUCUCAACGUCUAUAAUGAUUACUCCAGCUACUCGGGCCUGUCUCUGUUCCAGAGCCUCACUUUGGGCACUUUCCAAUCGGCGGGGGAGCAAAUGAGGAGGAAGUUGAUGAGGAUCCUGAAACUCAAGUGCCACGCCGUGCUCUUGGACUUGAAGACAAAUACCGUGACGACAGUCUACAGUAAUAUCUACAAGUUGGUGCUACUCCAUGCAUUCAGAUUCCAUGUGUGUGCCCAGAGUUUACCUUUUGGCCAAACGGUUGCAAAGAACCCUGCCAACUUUCUGCGGAUGGUAUGGGACAUGGCUCAUUAUGCCAAUAAGCUCUUCAGGCAGAGCAACAGAGGCUAUGAGGUCCUGGAUGGCAUUGUGCCAAGGGAGGCAAUGGAGUUGCUUUUCUGCCUUUCAUUUCUACUGGUGUUGUCGCAACAUCGCUCCCUGUACAAAGGCAUGAUUCCGCAUCUGCAUAAAUGGAAGCGCAGUCUGGAGAGCCGUCUGGGAGAUGUGCAACUGGCGAGGGUGAGACAAGCAGCUAGACCCAGGAUCCCUGUGGAAUUCUUGACCAUUCGAACUUAAAUAUAUUUGUGUUAACUCAUUUUGAUAAAGUCUCCCGGUAAAAAAAA